CGGAUUUUAGUACAAAUGGGGGAGAGGAAUGGAAAUAGAAUGUUGUUUCGAGAUUCUGUAUCUUUCACAGUCUUCAAUUCUCGUGCAAUCAAGUUAAAUAAGCUAGAUGACAGAGAAGGCUUUAAACUCGUUCUUACAGGAAACGUGUCACUGCAACAGUGCAUAAUUUUUGAUUGCUGUUUUACCACGGAUGCUUGGAAGGAAGAGAACUAUGAAGUUUACUUGGGUGGAAUAGUUGCUCAACUCCGAGAACAUUUAGCAGAUGCAUCAUUCUUGGUAUUCAAUUUUAGGAGAUUAGAGAUGCAGAGUCAGAUGGGUGAUAUCUUAUCUAAGUAUGAUAUGACCAUAAUGGACUACCCUCAGCAGUACGAGGGCUGCCCAGUUCUGACGAUGGAAGUGGUUCACCAUUUUUUAAGAUCAUGUGAGAGUUGGCUUUCCCUUGGGCAGAAUAAUGUUUUGCUAAUGCAUUGUGAACGUGGUGGUUGGCCAGUUUUAGCUUUCAUGCUUUCAGCUCUCUUGAUUUAUAGAAAACAAUAUAGUGGCGAACAAAGAACAUUGGACAUGGUUUAUAGGCAGGCACCUCGUGAGCUUUUGCAUUUUUUGUCUCCUAUGAAUCCGAUUCCAUCUCAAUUAAGGUAUCUGCAAUAUGUUGCGAGGAGGAAUGUAGCCUUAGAAUGGCCUCCUAUGGACAGAGCUCUCACUUUGGAUUGUAUCAUUUUGAGGUUUAUUCCAAAUUUUGAUGGGGAGGGUGGUUGCCGUCCAAUAUUUCGAAUAUAUGGACAAGAUCCUCUGCUGGUCAGUGAUCGAACUCCUAAAGUUCUUUAUUCAACUCCAAAAAGAAGCAAAAAUGUCCGAGCUUUCAAACAGGCAGAGUCUGAACUGGUUAAGAUUGAUGUUAAUUGUCAUAUUCAAGGUGAUGUUGUUCUUGAGUGCAUCACCUUGCAUGACGACAUGGAAUUUGAAGAGAUGAUGUUCAGAGCAAUGUUUAAUACUGCUUUUAUUCGCUCUAAUAUUUUAAUUCUCAACCGUGAAGAGAUUGAUACAUUGUGGAAUGCUAAAGAUAAAUUUCCAAAAGACUUCCGAGCAGAGAUUCUUUUCUCUGAGAUGGAUGCUGGAACUCGUACUGUUGCAAAUGAUGUACUUUGCAUUGAGGAAGAAGGUCUCCCCAUGGAAGCAUUUGCUAAAGUGCAAGAGAUCUUUAGUCAUGUGGAUUGGUUAGAUCCCAAGGCAGAUGUUGCCCUUAGUGUGCUCCAUCAGAUGAAUGCCUUAAACAUAGCCCAAGAGAAGCCAGACAAUAAUUCUCUUUGGAGUACGCAAGUUAGUUCUUUACUUCAGAGUGCAAGUCCCAGAAAACUUCCACAGAAGUUCACAUUGGAGAACAGAAGUAAAUUCCUAGAGAAGGAAGGAUCUAGUCCAACCUCUAAAUUUUCUCCGGAUGCUGCUAAAACCGAACAAAACAAUGAAUCUAAUUCAGUAUUCCAACGGGUGCCUCAAUCUCCAGACCCUUUUCCACUCACCUUCGACAUGUUGCAAGAUUCCCCAAUCUCAGAUAGAAGUGAUAGGACCUCAUACAGUGCUUCGGUUGGAAGCCACUCAUUUAUUGAUUCUGAAGGAGAAAUAGAUGUUUCUCAUCUGAAAACUGCAUCUUCAUCUUUUCGGGAUGCAACAUUGGAUGUUUCUCUAGCACCUGAAUCUCCUCAGACUAAAAAUUUAUAUACAGAGACAACCAUACCACCACCUCCUCCUCUCCCACAACUUUCCACUGAUAUUUAUGCUGCAAAUUCUCUACCUCCUCCUCACUCUACUUCAACUGAAUCACUACUUCAGUCUAAUAACUUUUCAACUCUACAACCAAAUAGAGCUUCACUCACUGAGGAAAUAGAAAUCUAUUCAAAGGAUCAAAAUCAGUUAUCAGCCAUCAUCCCUCCCGUGUCUGUAACCUCUACAAUUAGUUCCUCAGUACAGUCUUCUCCACCACCUCCUCCACCACCUCCUUCAACACCUCCUUUGAAGGAUACCAUAGCUGUUAGAGUUAAAGCUUCUUUGACAACACCCUCUUUUCCUUCUACAUUAGCUUCUCAUCCUACAAUUGCAUCCUCCGUUCCUCAACCACCACCUCCUCCUCCUCCUUCCACAUCCACUGUAACUCAUAAAAUUUCAUCUCCAAUCCCUUCACCUCCACCACCACCGCCUACUCCUUCUCCUCCUCCUCCUCCUCCAAUAGUCAUUACAAAUCCUAAAAUCUCCUCUCCAGUGCCUCCACCACCACCUCCUCUCCCUAUGACUUCCAAACAGGUUGAAAGUACAACAACAUCCCCAUCUAUUCCUCCUCCACCACCACCACCUAUUCCUAUGACAUCCAGGCAGGUUGGAAGUACUUCAACAUCUUCGCCUGUUCCUCCACCAGCACCACCUCUUCCAUCUAGACAGGUUGGAAGUACUUCAACAUCUUCGCCUGUUCCUCCACCACCACCACCUCUUCCAUCCAGACAGGUUGGAAGUACUUCAACAUCUUCACAUGUUCCCCCUCCUCCACCACCGCCUGCUUCCACCAAAGGCUCCCCUUCAUCUGUUCCUUCUGCUCCCCCUCCUCCUACCCUUUCUGGGAGAGGGCCUUCAAAAUCAGGUGAACUGUCUGGUUCUCUUCUUGGAAAUGGUUCAUCUACGUCUUCCUCUCCUGUGCCACCAAGUGGUUCUCCAUUAGGUAUAAAGGGACGGACUUUGUCACGCACCAUAAGUUCAAGAACACAUAUAACCAAGAAAUUGAAGCCACUGCAUUGGUUAAAGUUAUCUAAAGCAGUGCAAGGAAGCUUAUGGGCUGAAGCCCAAAAAACUGGUGAAGCUGCCAGGGCACCGGAGAUUGACAUGUCAGAGCUUGAAAGUCUUUUCUCAGCGGCAGUUCCUGCUCCUGAUCAGCUCCAAAAGUCGAGUGGACGCGGUUCAGUUGGCAAUAAGCCUGAGAAAGUACAACUGAUUGAUCACAGACGUGCUUACAAUUGUGAAAUUAUGCUUUCAAAGGUCAAGGUGCCUUUGCAUGAUUUAAUGAGUUCUGUGCUUGACCUUGAAGAUUCAGCUUUGGAUAUCGAUCAGGUCGAGAAUCUUAUUAAGUUUUGUCCGACAAAGGAGGAAAUGGAUUUACUUAAGGGGUACACUGGAGAAAAGGAGAAGCUCGGUAAAUGUGAACAGUUCUUCUUAGAGUUGAUGCAAGUACCUCGUGCUGAAUCUAAGCUUCGAGUUUUCUCAUUCAAAAUACAGUUCAGCUCUCAGGUUGCGGACCUCAAAAAAAGCUUGAAUUUUGUUAACUCUGCUGCAGAAGAGAUAAAAAGUUCAGUGAAGUUGAAGAGAAUCAUGCAGACAAUACUAUCUCUUGGAAAUGCCUUAAACCAGGGAACAGCAAGGGGCUCUGCUAUAGGAUUUAGGCUGGAUAGCCUUCUUAAACUGACAGAAACUCGUGCACGAAACAACAAGAUGACACUAAUGCAUUAUCUUUGCAAGAUACUUGCUGACAAACUGCCAGAAGUUUUGGAUUUUUCUAAAGAUCUUGCAAACUUGGAGCCUGCAUCAAAGGUACAAUUGAAGGUUUUGGCAGAGGAGAUGCAAGCAAUUAGCAAAGGGUUGGAGAAAGUUGUUCAAGAAUUGUCUACAUCUGAAAAUGAUGGCCCAAUAUCCAAUAAUUUCAGAAUGGUUCUAAAGGAGUUCCUUCGUUUUGCUGAAGCUGAAGUGCGAACUUUAGCUUCUCUGUACUCUACUGUGGGUAGAAAUGUAGAUUCUUUGAUUCUUUAUUUCGGUGAAGAUCCAGCUCGCUGCCCCUUUGAACAAGUUAUGUCAACCUUAUGCAACUUCGUGAGAAUGUUUAACCGAGCCCAUGAGGAAAACUGCAAGCAGAUUGAGCUUGAAAUGAAGAAAGCAACUGAAGGUGAAAAAUCAAAGACGGGGCACUUGCACAAGAGGACAAGGACCAAACAGUUGUCAAACUCCCAGAUCGAGAUUGGCAAUGUCAAGUAAGAUAGCUUGUCGUGUUCCUUCAAGUAAGCCCUCUGAGAUCUACAGACAUCCAACAAAAGCAAUAAGCUUUUAGUGCAAAGAUUAUCUACUUGUUGAUGUUGAGAGAGGAGUGUACCACAUACCACAUAAUGACAACUUAAUUUGCCUUCAUGAGGUAACAUUCUUAACCCGGUUCCAUGGAGCUUUCGUCUAUCAACGUCCCACUUCAUUCUCUCAAUGUAGUUACCACAUAUUAAUUCAUAUCCUUAUGUUGCUGGCAGAUCAAGUUGUUCAAUGUGCUCAACAGGUUGCUUGAAUCGAAAUUGAACAUAUUCUUUUGUGUACAUAAUUGUAGCAAAAUAAUACAGGGGAUAGAAGAAAGUCACCUUUCAAGUUUGCUCUAUAAUUUGAAGGUCCCCUGGUAUUCUUUUGUAUGGGAAAUUUUUCAUCCAAAUGUGUAUUUAGCUUUACCAUUUAAAGAAAAUUUUGUUGUGUUAAUCUUAUUUUCUCCAUAGUUUCUUCC